UGUCUCUGUCGCCCCCCCCAGCGGUGGUCCGGACUGGGAUGUGACCUGUUGCUGGGAUCUUCCUCCUCCUCAGUGAAGCUCAGAGAUGACUCGGGUGUCGGCUGUCGUCCUGCAGGCUGCAUCUCUUCACAUCACCUGCCUCUUCCUCCUGCUGCAGCCUGCAGAGUCCAGAACCGACCCGAACACCAGAACCUGGAGCCAAACGGGCCCGCGGCUGCAGCUGUCCCACUCAGAUCUGAGGAACGGGUCUGCGGUGUUCUGGGAGUCCGGGGUCAGCGGGGGCUACCAGGUCCUGCUGCUGGACGAGGACCGGGGUCGGCUGCUGGUGGGAGGGAAGGAUCACAUCUACCUGCUGAGUCCUGACAGUUUGGACCGGCCCACACGGACGGUCUUCUGGCCUGCAGCUCCAGAACACGUGGAGCGCUGCAGGUUAGCAGGAAAAAGUCUGGAGAGAGAUUGUGCCAACUUUGUGCGUCUGCUGCAGCCGUUCAAUAAGACUCAUGUUUACGCCUGUGGAACCGGAGCCUUCCACCCACAGUGCACGUACGUGCACCUGGGCCACAACGCAGAGGAGCCGUUGUUCCUGUUGUCCCCCACAGAGGAGUCAGGACGAGGAAAAUGUCCCUUCAGUCCCAGAGAGACUUUCACAGCCAGGCUGAGCGACGGCGAGCUGUACGCCGGCACCUCCGUGGACUUCAUGGGCGCCAACGCGGCGAUCUUCCGCACGUCGGUCCGGAGCGGCAGCCAGCAUUACAUCCGGACCGAAGCCUACGAUCAGAACUGGCUGAACGAACCAGAGUUUGUGGGGUCCUUCUCCAUCCCUGACACUCACAGUCCGGACGACGACAAACUUUACUUCUUCUUCAAGGAGAAGGCUGUGGAGACGGGCCAGUGGGACCAGAGGGUCUACAGCCGAGUGGCUCGAGUCUGCAAGAAUGAUGUUGGUGGGAAGAGGAGUCUGAUCAACCGCUGGACCACCUUCCUCAAAGCCAGACUGGUCUGUUCGGUCCCUGGUCCGUCUGGAGUGGACACACACUUCGAUGAGCUGGAGGACAUCUUUGUCCUGGAGACAAAAGACCCUCAGAACCCGACGGUCUACGGCGUCUUCAAGACAUCCAGCUCCUUGUUUCACGGCUCGGCGGUCUGUGUUUACUCCAUGGCGUCGAUCCGAGCUGCGUUCAACGGACCGUUUGCUCACAAAGAAGGUCCGGACUACCGCUGGGUCGAGUACAAGGGACGCAUCCCCUAUCCAAGACCCGGAACUUGUCCCAGUGAGACGUACGACGCUCAGCACAAGUCCACCAAGGACUUCCCGGACGAGGUGGUGAGCUUCAUGCGGCAGCACCAGCUGAUGUGGGAACCGGUCCUGCCUCUGGGGGGCCGACCGGUCCUGACCCGGGUCAACUCCCCCUACAUGCUGAGCAAGGUGGUGGUGGACAGAGUGGACGCUGAGGACGGACAGUAUGAUGUCUUACACCUGGGGACAGAUGAUGGGAAGGUUCUGAAAGCUUUGUCUGUCAUCAAAGACAGCUGGGAGACGGAGGAGAUCCUGCUGGAGGAACUCAGCGUCUUCCAGGCGGGCUCGCAGACAGGAUGUGAAGUACGGAGACCCUUGGAGUCAGUGUCCGGUCACAGAGGACGACUCAGAUUCGGUGGCGGUGAAGGAGGUUUACGGCGUGGAGGGAAACUCCUCCUUCUUGGAGUGCCUCCCUCGGUCUCUGCAGGCCGAGCUGAGGUGGGCCAUGUCAGACGGUCUGGACAAACCCUUCAGACAGCUGCAGAACGAUGAAGAUCGGAUCCUCCUCCUCAAGCGAGGGUUGCUGGUUCAACGCCUGGACCCGAGCGACGCAGGUCUGUACAGCUGCACCAGCCACGAGCACUCCUACAGCCUGGUUCUGACCCGGUACCGCCUGCACGUCGUCCCCAGCCACAGCCUCCACCCGACCCGCCACCUGCAGAACCACAGCAACCACCCAGCCCCUCUGAGUCCGUCCAGGACCGGCGGGUACCUGGGCCAGCCGGGCGGUUCUGUGCCGGGUCUCGGGAACUCUCUGAGGAGCUACAAAGACCUGCAGAUGGUGGGGGGCACCGGACUGAGCAUGGACGAGUGCGAGCAGCUGUGGCACCGCGAGAAGCGCCGGCAGCACAAACUUCGGGCUCUGAAACUGAAACAGGAGAACCGCAAGGCCCGGGUCAGGAGGAACCCCCCCGAGACCCCCCUUUAGUCCCCCCGGAGGACACCGAGACUCUUUAAAGGACAACAGAGGAAGAGGACAGGUCCAACAGUUUUAAUAUAAACUAACAUUUAUCAACUGGUUCUUUUAUAAAUUAAAUCAUUUUAUCCAUAAAAUACUCUUAAAGUUCUAAUAAGCUUUUAGGUUCUUCUUAUUAUGGGAUGUCUGCAGCACCUCAGGAGCUUCUUUCAGUUUUACACUGUUAGAAUCACAAAACGAUGAAAAAUCAAAGAUAAAUAUCUGAUUUCAGACAGAAGAAUAAACAGAAUCUGAACUCAAAUAUAAAAAGUUUCUGUUUGUUCUCAAACCUCACUGAACACAAACUGUUAUAUUCUUGUAUAAUAAAAGUUUUCAUUAUGUAGAAUUUAUAUUUUGUGUUUAAAUAAACCGUUUCUCUUUUAA